AUGGAUUUAUUUGCUAUUAAAUUUGUGAAAAAUCCAAUUUAUAAUCGAAAACCCUUAAAUAAAUACACUGAAAAAGGAAGACAAAUUAUCUGCAGCAGUUAUCAAAGAACUUUAUCAAAUCGCCACCUUAUCAACUAUCACACUAGCAUAGAAAUCAAACGCUAUAGAGACAGGAUAUCUUUUUACACGGGGCAACCCAUCUCAACAAGUAAUUAUUUAAUACAACCAUUUCCAAACGUAAAACAAGUGACUCAAGGCGUCACUGAAGAAACAAGAUCAGAGAUUCAAGUCGAUGACGUCGCAGAAGGAACAAGAUUAGGGAUUCAAGAUGACGUCACUGAAGAAACAGAACCAGUUGAAAACUUAGCCGAAAGCUCCGAAGAGAGUUUUGAAGAGAGUUCAGACGACGAAGAGAGUUAA